AUGCUUCCUACCUACGGCAUCCCCACCGCCAUCCGUACUAUACAUUGGAUCAUGAUGGUAUAUAAGACCCUGGGCCCAAGCCGCCCAACUAGCCCGGGCAGCGGUGCUCCACAACAUCGGCGCAUCCUCCUUCGUGGGCUACUACCACCCGGCCGCCGGCCUCCGCAUCUCGGCGGUCGCCUCCCUCCAGCCCAGCAGCAACGGCAGCCGGUCCUUCUCGACAACAUCGGCCACACGGCUCAAGGACUUCUUCCCGCCAAGGAGACGGAGCAAAUCCGCAGGACAGCCCCGGCAUGGCCGCACCCGGGCUAUACCGAGCAGCAGAUGCACGAUAUCGUGCCUGACCACCGCGAGCCGCGCACCGUCGGCGAGUGGACGGCCUGGAAGUUUGUCCGUCUAGCGCGGUGGUGCAUGGAUCGGGCGACGGGGCUGGGCAAGGAUCAGCAGGUCGACAAGAAGAACCCGACAACGUCGCUAGUUGCUGACCAGCCCCUGACCGAAGCGCAGUGGCUGGUGCGGUUCAUCUUCCUCGAGAGCAUUGCUGGAGUCCCGGGCAUGGUAGCCGGCAUGCUGCGGCACCUCGGUAGCCUGCGCCGCAUGAAGCGCGACAACGGCUGGAUCGAGACGCUGCUCGAGGAGAGCUUCAACGAGCGCAUGCACCUUCUGACCUUCAUGAAGAUGUCGGAGCCGGGCUGGUUCAUGAAGAUCAUGAUCCUCGGCGCCCAGGGCGUCUUCUUCAACGGCAUGUUCCUGUCGUACCUGAUCGCUCCCAAGAUCACCCACCGCUUCGUCGGGUACCUCGAGGAGGAGGCCGUGCACACUUACACGCGCUGCCUCUAUGAGAUCGACCAGGGCCUCCUGCCCAAGUGGUCUGAUCCCAACUUUGUCAUUCCUGACAUUGCGGUUCAGUAUUGGAAGAUCCCGGAGGGACACAGGACGAUGAAGGACCUGAUUUUGUACAUCAGAGCCGACGAGGCCGUUCACCGAGGCGUCAAUCACACCUUGGGCAACCUCAACCAAAAGGAAGACCCCAACCCCUUUGUCAGCGAGUACAAAGACGGCGAGAAGCCGAACGCUGCGCUGAGAGCCCAGGGGUUCGAGCGCGAGGAGGUCAUCUAG